AUUGUACUGUAACUUUUUGGUUGUUCUAUUCGCUAUUGUCAUCGUCAUUUGUGUCAUUGAUCAGUGAUCUUGGAUUAUUGAUGAGCGUGCUCCAAUUUCUGAUUAUUUGAUUUAUUUUUAUUUUUUGUUUUAACUUAUAAUGAUUGAAGGCAAGGCAAAUGAAUUACCCGACUUUCAGGUCUUUCGAACAGUUAUAAAAUACUGUUUGUUCAUCAUCAUCGUCCCUGUGGUCUCUUUUUUCCUAGUUAAGAGUUUACUAUUCGAUGGCUUACUACGUUUAGAGCCAAUUACAAGCAGCGUUUACUCUGCUGUUGUAGCUGUAGUCGUUCUACAUAUUACACUUGGCCUAUACAUAUACAGAGCGUACAGUGAGGCUGAAAAAGCUCCGACUAAGCCUGUUAAAAAGGAUUAG